AUGAAAGGUCAACAACAACUAAAAAAAUCUAAGGUGGUGAAAAUUGACUCAAGAAAAUCAUGGGAACACCACAUAACUAAUGUAACCAAUAAAGGCUACCCUGUUAUGAUUCAUUUCUCUGCUUAUUGGUGCAUGCCUUCAAUAGUUAUGAAUCAUUUCUUUCAACAACUGGCCUCCACCUAUCAUAAUGUUCUCUUUCUGAAUGUUGAUGUUGAUGAGGUCAAGGAAGUUGCUUCCAAGUUGAAAAUUAAAGCAAUUCCUACCUUUUGUUUGAUGAAUGGAGGAGCUCCAAUGGAUAAAAUUGUGGGUGCAAACCCUGAUGAAUUAAGGAAAAGGAUCAGUUGCUUUAUUCACCAGAAACAUUCACCCAAGUCAGUGUGAUGAUGCAUGAACGAACACAUUGAACAGUUGCUAGAGCUGUAAAUAUGGCCCAUUAUGUUUAUUAUCUUAAUAAAAUAAAGUACUAAAUAAAAUUGAUUCCUUGUAUGUCACAAAUUCCAAGUGGUUGAUCUUUUAUUAAUUGUAUAU